AUGCUAGAGAUCAAUGCUAGGUUUGUAGUCAUUGAUGGAUGGCUAAUAGACGUUGUGAAGCGAAGACCAGUCAAUUUUUGGAGUCCGGAUAUAAGAUUACUAUUACCGAAUGACGACGACUACGAAAAACUAUUACAGCAAGAUUUAGUAAACUGGGAACAACUAAAGAAAGACUCUAAAUCUGUGCUCAUUGGUGUGAAGUCUAUGGAAUUAUUUAAGAAUAUAAAGCUGGUUCUUCGAGAGUUUUUCCUGUUAGAAGACGGAAGAAUAGUCCUAAAGAGAAUCAAAAGUAAAUUACAUUACAAAGUGAUUAAAAAGUUCGCUUGUAGAUGUUGCAGGUUAUAUUUGCCAAAAUGGGGAACCAUGUACAUAUAUCCGAUGUCAAGCGAUAAGAAGUCUCGCUUAAAAGGAGUUUGUCAGUUUUCAUUGAAUGUCGAACCUGAUCGGGAGUAUCCACUAAUCGACAUUAAUGUCAGUCAUCAGUACAUUAUAAUCGAAGAAUUUCUAUUAUAUUUGAACGAGAGGAGGCUUUACAAGUGGAGCGAUAACUACUUAAGAGAUCAAAUCGGUUUAAGAAAGUGGUCGCGUUUGAGAAGACUUUACAAUCCGGUGAGCCUCGACAUACUUGACGGUUUGAAAUCGAAUUAUUAUUUUGUGAAGGAUGAUCUGCUAUUUCAACUAUUAGGAAAAAGGGUUUUCGUUAAAUUUUGCAAAAUAAUGAGAAAUGAAAGGGAAGGCAAAAUUCCAUUCUGGUACUGUGCGAGGACGACGACAGCGAAAGCUUCACAUAUUGCAUAUGUUUUGCCAGAUACAGCAACAUCUAAUCCUCCCACAGAUAAAAAGAGUGUUGUUAGAUUUAUUGUUAGAGAACAACCUGUCGUAGAGGAUAUAGUCUCUAACCCGACCUAUUCAGAUUUAGCAGAACAGCUGUUUAUUGAAGUAGAGGCCGUAAAAAAGAAAAUAUCAGCUAACCUUCUUCGGUUAGAAAAUCAACUAAUGGAAUGUACUGAUCAGGAAAAAAAUGUUGUCAAAGUAAGUAAGAUUUCUAGCGAAGUGCUGGAUCAAAUUCCUGACUUUCCUGUAUCCAAAGUCACCUUGUUAUUGAUUGCCGCUGGUGAGGAUAAAAAAUACAUUGAACUGGUUGAAGAAUUAGCAAGAAGACUGGAAAAAAUAUGCAUUGAAAAAACCACACAAUCUUUAGAAAAUAUAAGAAACACUUUUCUGUCGAACCCUGGAAUACGAGCUAGGUUUGAUAAGGAGUAUUAUAAGAGCACAGAAGAAUAUAAAGUUACACUCCAACUUAUUAAAGAAGACUUUCUGCUUCUAUUAGUAAAACAGUUAAAAAACACACAGGUGUCUGAAACAGAGUUUACCAGAGAAGAGUAUAUUUCGCCCAGGUUCUUAGUAGCAGAUGGAUUUUUAAUUGACCUGGCAGAGGAAAAACUAGUUGAUCCAAAGGACCCGCGUCUACGGACGCUAUUGAAAGAUCACCAGCGCGACAUUAUUGCCCAAAUGAACUUGAUUGCUUGGGAUGACCUCAAAGAAUAUCGGCAUCCGAUCCCAUUGCAAGCUAAAUCUUUAUUUAAACUUUGCAAGCAUACAAAAAAGAACUUCAUACGAGAUGCAAACUUCAAAUUACACUUAUUACCCACUGAGGAAAAUUUGACAAGCGCACAAAUGUCAGUUUUCUAUCCUUGCAUCCCUAUUUAUCUGGAUGACAACACUGUCCAAUACCUGUACGAUGAUAGCGUUAUCCCUGAAUAUGAAACGAAUUCAUUAAAUGCUGCCAUGAAAUCAAAGUGCUCGUGGAGAGAUUCUUUAGAGAAGGACCCUGAGUCACUUUUCCAAGAGGCCAUCAGGCGCAUGCGAUUCUUAAUAUCUUACGAAGAAUUGAAAAUAAAUUAUAUGGCAGCGUUUGAGGAGUUACGCAGGGGAAAUCACAACGACUAG